AUGGUUUGGGGUCGAUUUUCUCCCGAAAGGGAUAUUCCUUCUCAAGAAGGCAAAGUGAUUGUGCAUUCGCCGAAAAAAGUCUUCCUCGCCACGAGAAACGAGGCCAAGGCGAAAGAAGCCAUCGCGUCCAUCAACUCGACGCUGUCCAAGCCUGCCGACAUUGAGUUUGUGAAGCUCAAUCUCAGCAACUUGGCCUCGGCCGCCGCCGCCGCCGAGGACAUCACUCGCAGCACUGAUCGGAUUGAUCUGCUGUUUCUCAAUGCCGGCAUCAUGAACCAGCCGCCGGGCAAAACCGACGAUGGACUGGACCUGCAACUCGGCACCAAUCACGUCGGGCAUUUUUUCUUCACAAAGAAGCUGUUGCCUGUGCUCAAGCAAACUGUCACCAAAUACAACCCCGAUGUACGCGUUGUAUCUACCGCAUCCAAUGGGCACACAUUCGCACCGGCCUUCGAGACCAUGAUCUCGACCGAAAAACUGUCGGCGCAAGGUCAAUGGACUUCCUAUGGCGCGUCCAAGGCCGCCAACAUACUUUUCGCCGCUGAGCUGGCCAAGCGACACCCCGAACUCGCCUCGGUGUCUUUGCAUCCUGGAAUGAUCCAAACCGAUCUGUAUGUGACGACAACCUCAAACAGCUUCUUCCUCAGAAACGUUUUGCGUUUCUUUGGCCCCUUCUUGUAUCACGACGUUGCAUACGGUGCCUUGACCCAGCUUUGGGCGGCUACCGUGGACAAGAGCAAGCUGAAGCAGGGCGGAUUCUAUGUGCCGGUGGGGCAGUUGGAGGGCAAGAACAAGUACGUAGUUGAUGCGGACAUGCAGAAGAGGCUGUGGGAUUGGACAGAGGCAGAGUUGAAGCAGAGGGGUUAUUGA